AUGUUUUGCGGAAUCUUUCAAGGUUUGGACCAAGGAGCUUACGGGAAGUACCGGUGCGUUUUCGAACUCGCUGGAUCCGGCAGUAUCGGAUGGAACGUCUUUCUUCGAGGUAAUUUGCGCUUUUUCUACUAGUAUAUUUAUUUGAUUGUUCCGGUCCCCUGCCUUCGGCUCCAUUAAUUAGGAUGGAACUCAGCCUGUCGCAGAAGUUCAAUAUGCACUGCGAGCUGAAUGUUGCACAAGGAUUGCAUGCAUGUUCCUGCGGCAUUCAACGUAGCCGGCUGUACAACUGCUUCCGUCUCAUCCCUGUUCUUCCCCCCUUCCGCAAAAACAGACCUUGUUACAGGGAACUUCAGAGUGCAACCAUACUUGUGAAUUAGACUGACAGACGUGGAACCAGCCGACGACAUUGGUGACUCUAACAGUGACGAUGACAGCUAAAUAAAAAAGAUCCCUUAUCUAUCUGCACGAGCCUUUGAAAUGCGGCUUGCAUGUAGCAACUACAACGCUCUGCAGCAGAAUUUUUCGAACGAUCAUCGUGUUUGAAAAUUCUUGUCGACGUGUUGGAGGAGGCACGUAGGUAGACUGUGUGGUCUGAAUUGCGUCAUCUUAUCACCUCAAAUCUUAGUGGAAUUGCAUCUGAUUUGAUCAGGUCGUCCCUGUCCAAAACAAUGAGUACUGCCCCCAAACAUCGAUCCGAUUCAAACAAAGUCAAAACUCUUUCCAACUACUGUAGAAGGUCUGCGCAUUGUUAGAAAAGUGAUUGCAAGUGGUGUUAACAUUUUUUACCAGAACUGAGACGUAUCCUCCACAAUGUAGGCAAAUGCGCAUAAUCCGGGAGGUGACGUUAGUAAUAAAAUUUUCAAAAUACAUUUGGGUCUAACUAACUCGUUAUUGCUUUCCCGUCUUUCUGUGGUCGUUACUCUUGCUCGUCCGCUCCGUAUACGCCGUCAAUCUCACAAUGGAGUUUGACUAAGGUAUAUUCUCUUGUUGAUGUAUUUCAAAUGGACACUGCUCAUUCUCCCUUAUAUUGCCGAGAACGUCCCUAACAAGCGUAGGUUCUAAAUAUCAUACACAAGUAUUUUGAUCUAUUUGCGAAAGUACGCACGAAUUGCAGCCAUCUGAAGGUAUAUUAUGGUUUCAGGGGACGCUGACUACAGCCCGUCACUGCGUGGUUAAAAGUGGUUUUUUGCCGCUUAACCCCCACUAUUACCCAUAAUAAAGUCCUCCUAGACGGCCUACCGAUUAUUUACAGGUGCUAGGGAUCAAAACCAGGAGUUGGUGUACUCACCACCUCCGUUCAUUCCUCUUAAGUGCCCCCCAUUCUGCGCCUUUCAAGUGAUCCGCCACCCCCGCCCCUCUCUGCGGCCGUUUUGCAUGAUCCGGCAUGCAAAAAUUCAACCAACCCGCGCAACGUCCUCUUGCGCACCCAGUGGGAACAGGCAUGUCUUGUGGUCGUCGCCUUUCCACCUGUUAGGUCGUCCAAAUUCUACUGGAACUGGAGUCAUCCGGAACACGCGCUCCGAUUGGUCGAUUCGAAGACGAGGCCAACGGAUGGUGGGUCGCAGCAGUCCGCCCAACCACCGGAGGCGGAAGAGAAGGACGACUGCGCCGGACUGAUCAUCAAGCAGAGGCAGGACAAACCAAUGGACGGCUCGGUCAUUUUCUGGUGCCAUGCUGAGAACGAGGUGGGUGGAUCGGAAGUUUGGUGGCCCACUGCUGACGGAGCAGAUACACGUAAGUUUGGAAUUCGCUUAAUACAGCCUUUAUCGCUUGCGAGAUUUCGCCGAUUGUGUACACCACUUCUACUUGCUCAACUUGCCAACCUCGACCAAGUUGCCCACCAAGGGAAGGUUAGACGAAUUAAGUGAGAUGAAGGUCUCUUUGUCCAGUAGGUUCGAUUGGCAUCAGUGCGCGAGCGCCUAAUUACCGCAAAGAUUUCGCUGUUCACUCAGAAAGGUCUGGUCAUUAAAAAGAUAAACGGCUAGCAUAGCAGGAGUUUACAGAAAUGCGGUGCAAGGGAGGUGAGCUGAUUAACAUUUCGCUUUGUUACUUUUAAGAUAAAAUCUCUUCUUGUUUGUCCGCAUCUUAAAAUACGCCGAUGGAUUAAAUUUCAUUGAGAAGAGGGAGCCACCACCGGUGGAACAAUAAUUUGGUAAGGAUAGGUUGUUUAACUCCACUGGGUUUAGCAUGUAUAAUUAACUACUAUAUUUGUUUUAGAAGGUCUUGUUUAUUAAUCCAUAGCUACAGGAAGCUCUCCUUUGUGUGUUAUCUAACACUUUGAUAUAACUGCAUGCACCGGGUUGUCUCGGCAUAAAUUUUUUUAGUGAUCAAUUAUUUGCCAUGAAGUUCUCGCCCCCCCCAUAAUCCCUCUGCCUUAUCUUGAGUUCCUAGUUCCCCCAAUGUACUUGCAUUGCUUUUCGAUGUCGAUUCCGUACGCCGUGACUUACUUAUUUCUUCCGGAAGAGUAGCUCAACCUUCUUUUUCCAUGUCAUUACUCACCAUACUAGGUUUGCUGCAAGGAUCACCAGUUGUGCUUUGGCUUACCUUGCCUCGGCUGAAACACAAACGCUCUGCGUCCUUGAUAUCUCUGAACGGUUUCUGUUGUCGAGCACAUGCGCCUGACUUGUUUAUUUCUUUAAGAUAACUUGUGCAUAGUCCCUCUCAUAAGCAAUAAUAAGACAGUUAAAUUUAAUUGAGAGGUAGGGUUACACGACCUACCGUUGACAAUAAUUUUAUUAGACUGACGUUUCAGGUUCACACCCGAACCCAUCAUCAGGAACAGCAAUAGAUAACGAUUCUAAAUGCACAAGUAUUACAGGAUACCUAUAAAAAUCGGCAACUCCUUCACUCAUUACAGAUGGUCGUACUUGUUGCGACGAUUAUUUUGUUGUUGGUAUCCGAAUCCAUAAUUUCCGCUCUUCCUUCACACGUGCCGGUUAUUAGCGCGAUAAUUACUCAGAUGUUCGGGUCACCGAUACUGACAUUAAAAACAGUGUUUGCUCGCGCGCUCCAGGCGUUGCUAAUCACUCAGUCGAACAAGGUCUCUACAUCGAAUAUGGUGGAGGGAAGUCAUUGUACUAGUCGAUGGACGGCGGGCAUGUGAGAUGUAUGUUGCCCAACCCCCUGUUGUGUUAAAUCCUGGUGCUUGUGGUUGGGGGUCAUGGUCAUGCCUGUGGCACUCGAAGAUAGAGUCACUAGAUAUGUUAGCCACCACGCCCAUUGCCAACACCUGUCAACUGAACGGCUCGUACAGUGGCCGGAACCGAGGAAGGGGAAUGGAGAAUGGGGUCGACGACUCUGCGCAUUUUCCUCACUAUAAACAAUCUGACGUGCUUGAUGAUAUCACGGUGCGCCAAAAGCCGUGGCUGGGGAGGUUGCCGACUGACGAGAUAACUUAGACCUCGCAGUCGGUCCAGUGUUGUGUGUUAGUGUGGAGCGACCGGCUGAUGGUCUGAGAGUCAGGCUGCAACGGUUCCUUCCCAAUGUCCCCUUUAUGGCUCUCACACUGCGGGAUCCGAGUCAGGUGUGGCGGCACGCCUAGGGACGACUCGGACCGCGCCAGCCGCCUGCUCCCUCCCCCACCACUGGUCUUUUUGACUAUGUCUUGACACCGAGCCCAGGUGGGGGAAGAAGAAAGUGCACGGUAGAUGCUGCACAAGUCUACACUCACUGUAAAUUAAUUCACGCGCAACUCGCCGUGCCUGCUGUCACCUCGCUGUUGAGCACACGGUAGACAUUGUCGGGCACGAUCGUCGAACUGUCGCCGGAUUGUGGGCCGGAGAACCAUGAUUGAAACAGCUCACAUCGUUUCCACCUCUGACGAUAAUGUCAGUUUUGUCUAGCUUGAAGGUUUGGCCGGACUCCAUCGGAUAAGCCGCCACUGCGGGGCAGACAUCAUUCCUCUCUAUUUCUGCUGCUUAUUCCCUCAUCCGUACCCUAAGUAAUCUCCGACGUUUUCACUCGUAGUUGUUGUGGAGUCAACUGCACCACAUCCGGUAAAUGCGUCCAAGCAUUUCCUGCCAAGGCACCGGGCCUUUCAGCCUCAUUAGCCGGCGCCUGAUGAUUGUCUCCGCAUGGUUGCACAGAGUGGAGACAACUAUCCGUCACACAAACUUGCCUCCUCUAGCUGGCUUUACGAAUCUACUUGACAGGAAAUAGUGAGGGCGUGAAAUAGUUGGGGCCGCCAAUUAUCGCUGCGGUUCAUGGGGUGGGGCGGAACAGGUCACAGUGAGACGGGGAUCCGACUCAUCCCCACAGUUGGCAUUGAGUACCUGCACAUCCGGCAAAUUGCUCCAUAUAAUGAGGGGUGUACGCAGGAUUUUCAGUCUCUGAAGAUGGGCGACCAAAAUCACUACUCGAAACGUUAGAGCAAGAAUAAACCCUCUCCCGACGCACGCCUAUUCUUCUUUUGAAUGAAGUUUGUUGAGGCGGUUCAGAAAGGUAAGGGGUCGACUUUGGGUGGUAAACUGACCCAUACCUGUUUGUACCUACUGAAAUUGCUUUUUAUAAGCACAUCAGGACGUUUUGAUUGGUUGAACUCUCAUUUGUAGCUCCAGCAGUCCUAGGCUUGUACCCUAGAAUCUUGUUAGCAACGUUUACGGGGGACGGAAACUUAUUUCAAAGCAAACAUAUGAGUUUAUGUGAAACUAAGUCUGUUUCUGCUUGACAGUCUAAUUUCCCUACAUUGUUGUCAAUUUUUCUGGUUUUUGUGUGACAAAUAGGGAGUUCGAUGACGUAAGCAUAUUGUCCUUAAAUACACCGAUACAAACUGAACUGUCUCGAUCCUUUACUUGGUCUUACCUUAUUAAGGACGCAUUCUGUUCGUUUGGCCAUUCAUAUGCACCCGCGUGGUUGCGACCAAUCACUUAUUUGGAGAUUUAAAUCGACCGACGAGACGCUUCGGAAGUGUUUAUCCUCUCGAGUUUAUCCCUCUCCAAAACCCUCUUCCAGGGUUUGAAAAGAAAGCUAGGCGGGAGCAAAUUUGGCGUGGGCUUUUCAUAAUCAACUGGCCAUCGGGUAGGACACGGGUCUAUGGACCCCCUACCUGCACUGCAAGUGGCGCUGCCCUAAAUUUCAAAGGUAUUCGUGUUAAGGUUAUUGCUACAGUUAGGGUUAGAUUAAAGUUAGGGCCCCUAAAAAUUUAGCACCUAAAAUUUUGCCCCUAAAAUUUAGCGCACUACGAGGGGUCCUUACUCCGGCGUCCAGACAUCCAUCAUUCUGCGCAUAAAAUGGGGACCUGCUUUGUUUCUGGAAUUCGCUUCAGUUAUGCGGCCUUUUAAAGAUUUGUUCGAAAAAUUACUUGUUCAGCGUGAGCCCAGAAUGUGUGUUGUUUUGCUUAUCGGUGAGUUAUAUCCUUUAUAUUGAUAGAAGGCUGGAGGACGAGAGGAUGCGAACAGGACGUCCGCCAUUCUGGCUUUUAUGUUCUAUUAUCCCGGUUAGAAUACCUCUACAUCAUUUGAGCACUUUUUGCGCCAGUGAACCUUGUCUGAGAUGAUCUUUUAUGUUGCUCUAAGCGAACUGACUGCCAGUAAAAAUAAGUGGCAUUCAAUGCGGUGAAGUUUCGCAUGGCCGAAUAUUUUGUAACCGGGACUGUGUGACAGCAGUCCAACUCAAUACAUGCAACGUCUCAAACUCACAUAAGCCUUCCGCCACUGGCAUCCACGCCAGUUAGGAAUCGUUUAAUCACGCCGCCCAAGCCACCAGAACCCGCGCAUAUGCGAGCUCUAGGGUGGCCAAUCACAGGCGCCCACUAAUUCCGCAAUUACUCAAUCAAACCACCGGACUGACACUGAGUGACUUACAUGACACACCGAUGUCCGGCAGGAGAGAGGUCUUUAGAAUCGUAUAACCGUUCUCGUUGGGAGAUAGUCUUCUUUUCCUUGGGAUUUAGUUAUUAAAAGAUCCAUCGUUCAGCAUACAAAUUUAAACGGUAUAAUCUGAUUGGCGUAAUCAUGUGGGUAGUGAAUUGAUAGUCACGGCUAAUGGGAGUUUCUUACACAGAGGGAACGAAGAACUGUAGCUGUAGCAAAGAUAAGCAGGACGAUAAACUACGCAUUAACGCCCAGCAUAAAGGAAAAAUGGUACAAAAAAUGUGCACGUCGAGCGGGCCAUUAUGAAAGUGUUUGUUAUAGCAAGUAAAAAGAGAACAGAUAUGCAAAGAUGCAGUAGAAAAGAUGAUGAGUCGCGAAUCAAGACUUGCCAAUCCUCAGGACUGGCCAGUUCCCUACAGAAAUUGUUGUAACCCACCGAUUAAAACUAGGAUGAGAGGUGCGGGUCUAUCUAACUGUUACAACCUGCAUUCAUGCGCUCAUCAUCCUAGCGGAUAGGCACGCGCACAAGCUCAGAUGCGGCCGCGAGUGCGGGGGACUCGGACCACCAUCAAGCCUCUGCACAGAAUACACGAAUUUUACUGGUGUCUCCCCCCGUUUCCUCUAGGACAGCACUGGGCCAUCAGUAUUGUGAUAGCUUAGGCAUCCCAACUGCUUGAGCCGUCACAAAUCUUUUCUAAAAAGCAAACAAUCACUUCCUUUGUUCUCUUCUCCUGCAGUUUUUAACUCAAUUCUCUGGCCGGUGGUCGCUGUUCUCCUGCAAGUGAUCUGUGUCAUUGCAGUGAUCAUUUGGGAUCGUUUCUUCUGCCGAAAUCGCCAAAAAACGGGUCUUCAUCUACCUGGGACUUUUCGUUCGACUGCAGGCGACGCCGACGUGACAAAUCUCCUCAGUGAUGGUGAUGCAGGUGGUAGUGGCAGCAGAUGUCAGGGGGCCAACAAGAGCCCAAUUGCCGGUCUGACCAAUAUGGAUGCCAUGGAGUUGACCCGCAAACUUAUGACAAGGCCGAGUGAAUAUGCCAAGCUGGAAUCUCAAAAGUUGACAACUCUUAAAGAGAGACUGGAACAAACUGCAGUCUCACCGGAGAUUUAUGACGGUGUUUGGCGGCUGCGAAAUUAUGCAGAUGACGAUCCAUACUUUUGGGAUGAGGGCACUACCAAUAAGAAUGGUAAGUCCGCUGACAACCGAGCUAGGCAGACAGACUGCUUCAACUGUUUUUGGCGCUUUUGUAUACCAACCAGUCACGCCCCGGCCCCAAAUAAAUUGGCCCCAAUUUAGACCAUGAAGUAACCAUUUUGAUGCAGCCUAAAGUCGACCACUGAACCUCGUACGUUGCAGACUACAGUCAACGACUCAUGCGUUAUCAAGUACUGACAAGCGGUUCAUUUGUGCUCUGUGCAAAUCGGAAACCAUUAACCAGUACCCUAUUUCUAACCUCAACCGUAAAACGGAAGCCAAAUGGAUCGCAUGUGAUUAUGGAGCUUCAUAAAAUAGCCCCAGUAAACAACCCUCCCAACCACCUAUGAUACGGGACCUGGCUACCAACUGCGAUCUAGCCCAAAUUUUCGUUCUCCAGGAAUUCAAACUGAUGAGGCCAGCUAACAGUUUUCCGAUUUGCAAAAUUGGUUUGGGGGUUUAUUUGCACCAGCUUAGAGGCCGAUACUGGAAACGGGUCCCGUACAGUUUAUCAACGAACUUUGGCCUCCUCUGCGCAUGCCGGACUGGCUGUCUGUAUCCACCUACUUGCUUAACGCAGACUUUUUUCAAACAUCAGGACUUCCCGCAAGUAAAGCAGCCAACAGCUACAUUCUUCUUUGAACCUUGCACCUUUCCAGACCUAAUGCUCCAAAACGAUGAAUUGAGCGUUAUCCCAUCUAAGUUUAUGCCCGCCUGUGGGUUUUGUUGGUAGUUCGGUCGUAUAGUUUAAAAAAUAAUUUUACAAUUCCACUUACUUGCUCUUUUGAGCCUUAACUUCCGCUAGCUAUCCUUUUUUUCUUCUUCAGUAUCAUCUGUUAUUUAG